AAGAUAAAAAAUCUACAAAUUACUAUUUGGUUUUUGAAUUUUGAAAAGCGUUUUGUUUUAAGUUUUAUUUACGCUUUUUUUAUAUGAUACUAUGACAGAGGACAUCGUUUAUCAAAGCACUGGCACUAAAUGUGCUCUUAGUUUUUGUAAAAACAUUUAUAUGGAAACUGAUGAAGAAGGUCAACUAUUGUUUUUCAGUUUUCCUGAAGAUCCAGUAAGAUGUGCUAUUUGGGUUGAAAACUGUGAUUCAAAAUAUUUGCCAAAUGUAGACCUUCAAAAUUUGAAUAAAAAAUAUAAAUUGUGUUCAUUGCAUUUUGAAGACCGAAUGUUCAAUUUUCAAAAGAAUAGACUCUUAUCUAAUGCAGUACCAACAUUAUUUAAAAAUAAACUCCCAGUAAUAACAUCAGUUACAUCUCAAGAUGCUUAUAAAACCAUUACAAUAAAUGACAGCAAAAUCCCACCAGCUAUACCAAUUGAUGCUACAACAUCUAGUUCAAAAUAUGAUACAUAUGUGCACAAAAGUAAUUAUGUGCCAGCAGCUAUUGGGCUUGUAAAAAAUUCAGUAAGUCUUCAAACUCCAGCUUACUUAUCAGCCAAAUCUCCACGAAAACUCAAACUUAAGAAGCAACUAUCUGAAGAAAUUAAUUUAAAGAAGCAAUUAGAAAAAACUGUCAUUGAGUUGAAAAAACAAUUAGAAAAAACAAAUUCAGAAGAUAAUUGUCUCAAAUUGUGUGAAAUGUAUUUACCUUCAACAAUGUAUUUGUUGGUAAAAAAUUACUUGAUAAACAAAAAUAAAACACCAAAUGGUCAACGACAUCUUAAUGAAAUAGUACAAUUUGCACAUACAAUUCAUCAUCUUGGACCCAAAACUUAUCAUUUCCUCCAAAAACAUUUUACCCUUCCUCAUAUGCGUACUUUAAGGAAAAGAAAUGUUCAAAAUAUUGACAAAAAUGUUCAAAAUAUAGUUCAAAAUGACCAUAGAUACAGUAAAAUUUAAUAGUAUUAAAAACUAAUAUUUUUACAUUAUAAUCAAAGACUGAGUUGAGG